AUGGCGGAGUCGGAUCCUUGGGCGGAAGCUCUUGAGGAACAGAAAGCUCAAGCGGCGGCCACUUUGCCGGCGACUUCGGCAACCGAAGCUGGAGGCGAAGGGGCGGCCACUUUACCGGCGACCUCGGCAACAGCAGCUGGAGGCGAAGGGGCGGCCACUUUACCGGCGACCUCGGCAACCGCAGCUGGAGGCGAAGGGGCAGCCGCUUUGCCGGCGACUUCGGCGACUGAUGGAGCAGGCCCAGCACCGGGCCUCGGAACGAUGUUCGGAACGAUGCCACCGGGAUGGCCGACACUGGGUCCCAACAUGGGACCGAUGACUGGGACUUCUUUUGCUGCUCCACCUCUUCUUCCUGGCGGGUGGCCUGCUGCAAAUCCUUGGCCUUAUCCUGUACCCCCUCACUGCCUGGACAAGUCCCUGGGCAACUUCCGUGGUGGGCUAAUGGUAGAGAAGGACAACAAGCCCGACGCAAGCAGCGUGAGGACUGUUGAAGCACAAGAACGUCUCUGCAAGCCAGAGGAGAGUGAGGUGGCUAUGACGCUGGAAGAAUUCACGUCGGAUGGAGGCGUCCAUGUGAUGUGGACGCUCUUGCAGGAGGCCUUCGGAGAGAAUGGCGCCGAGAUGUUUGAGAGAGCAGAGAAAGAGUUCAAUGGAUGCCGGCGCACCCCAGGACAAUCGAUUGCCUCGUACAUUGCCAAUAUGAAGCGGCUCUUGGCACAGUACAUGAGAUCGGACCCCGAGUUCCAUUUGAGCAACAAGGCGUGGUCGCAACGCCUUUUGAACAGAGCCGGUUUAUCGAGGCGGGAGCGUCUGGAUGUCUUUUAUUAUGCCGGAGGCCUUGGUGGAAGGAAGCCAGGCGAGGACGAGGAAGACCUCGAGGAGGAGGAGAUUGAUGCCGAGCUCCACUUCGAGGAUGACGAUGAGAUCCCGGAUGGUGCUGAGAAAGCCCAGGACGAGGAGGAGCCCCACAGCGACGAUGGCCUCUGUGGGGAAGAUGUCAUCAAGGAAGCUUUUGCGGCUGGAUGGAGAGCCGAGCAGAAGAAGGACCGUGGCUGGUCGGCGCCUUCGACUAGGACACCCUCGAGACGCCCGAAGUUCUGUGGAGAGUGUGGGCAGCAGUUGGUGUGUAAGCGUGGCCAAUGGAUUUUGGUGGAUGAAGAGGGCGAUGGUGAUUCGGCUUUUCCCCCUCCUGUUCCUCGACCCAUGCACGAUGAACGACGCUACGAGGUGUCCAAGGGCGCCCUGGGAGCAAAGAAGGAGGCCGAAAAGAAGGUUUUGGUCAGUGCUCGUGAGGCGCUGGCUGCUGUGGACAAGAUGAGCAAGGAGGAGAAGAAGUCGUUGAAGUAUGCCCUGGCCCAUGAUGAGCUUAAUGUGCCGAUCCCAAUGCCAGAGCCGGACUUCCCCACGACUUGGAACAGAGCAGCAAGCAGCAAGGAUCAUGUUCGACAUCCGGAUCCCCAGCAACAACCUGUUGCUCCCAAGCCUUUGCUGGUGCCGAGCCGGAGGGAUGAAGAAGGACGCGAUAAACCCACCACGGUCAAGAAGCGCGAGAUGGAAGAGUUCAAGAUGGAACUUUACAGGAGGGCGUGUGAUGGUGGUCGGUGCGUUCCUUUUUCAGCUGCAUCGGUGCCAACAACCAAACAAGCCCGGUGCCGCCACCUUUUUGCAGAUCUCCUCUGGACCAGCAACCAGCAUGGCCACUAUGCAAGAUGUGAGGCUUGUGACUUGAAGAAUGUUCUCUAUUGGAGCCAGAGACACGGUGUUCUGGUGGCCAAUCCCGAGCCGAAGGACAUCUUGGUGGCGAGUUUGCCGGCGGCAGAUUCUGGCUGUCGCACGGCGGUGGCAGGCACUGACUGGCACCUUAGUUUCCAAGCAGAGCUUCGCAAGAGGAGGGUUCGGUUUUUCGAGGUGGUCGAGAAUGAGGUGUUCCAAUUUGGGGGUAACUGGGAACUGGUGCGCAUGUCCAUGGUCGGUGGUGGAGCAUCCUCCUGUCCAGGACUCAUUGGCCCCUCUGAGCUCUCGCGUUGGGGAGCGGUGUUUGAUCUCGCUGGGAAGACCUUGACUUUGAAGGGUUGCAGCCGGCCAAUGUUGAUGACCACCACGCGGCGUCCGGCCAUUGAUCUCCUUGAGUUCCCUGACAGGAACCUGUGGGAGAAUCCAACGGUGCUCCGGACCAAGAAAAUCCUGAAAGAUGCUCCUCACUCCUUUGCCUUUUUGUCGACACAAGACCCAGACGAGACCUCUACGCCUUUGGUUGGUGGGCAGGGCACCGACACGUACUGA